CAGAAACCAGCAGCUCUCCGACCCUACUGGAAACUUCCAACGACACUGCUGCCACCAGUUUACCUGGUGAAAUAGCGGCUAAGCAGCCUUCAGAGGAGGAAGAGCCUGGAGUCCCAGAAGACGAGACCAGCAGCAAAAAGACUCAGGAGUCCCCCGCCAGGGAAGCAGCAGCAGCAGAUGACCAAGGCUCAGAGAGCGUGGCUGGUGCAGAGGAAGGACGUGGCCUCAUGCGCACCCAGAGUGUUGCCAGGAGAGAGGAAGCCGGGAGCCCCAGAGAGGCAGCGGUGAGCUUCAGAGAGCCCCUUGCCUCGGGACAAGCUGCAAGCUCCGCAAGCAGUGGUGGGCCUGGCAGUCCGGCCACAAAGGCCGAGGCCGAGGUGAGCCACGAAGUCAACGCUGCCCUUGGAGGCACAGGGCCCUCAAGUGAGGAUGAAAGGGCCAGCCGGGAAACGGAGGUGAAAACAGCCCAAGGAGAGAGUGGCCCUUCCCAAGCACCGACUGCAGCCAGCAGCCUGACUCCCGCAGAGGGGCAGGAGGAGUCCGCUGUCUCUUCGGCCCUCCCUGGCAUGACCUUAGAGGAGACCAGCAGGCCACUCUCGGUGCACCCACUUAGUUUGUCUUGGGUCUUUGGCUAUAACAGCGAACUCCCGGUUUUCAACCUGCUUGAUGAAGACUACCGUGUGAUCUUAUAUGUCUCCUCUCACACGGCCGUGAUCCAUGAUGUCCUCAGGAACAGGCAAUAUCUCCUCCAGGGACACACAGACUGCAUUUCCUGCAUCUGCAUAAGUGAAGACCGAAGGUGGAUAGCAACAGCUGACAGGGGCCCCCAGAGCAUGGUGACUGUUUGGGACGGAUACUCUGCGAUUCCUGUGCACACCAUAUUUGACAGCCACCCAGAGGGCGGAGUCUGCGCCAUCGCAAUUUCGCAUGAUUCCAAGUUUCUGGCUACCAUCGGGGCUGGGGAAGUGCAGAAAGUUUGCAUUUGGAGGUGGACCUCACCUGAGACAAAGCCUGUCUGCAGCGUAGAAAUCCAGCCGCAGUUUGGCUUCCAGAAUUACAUUGCCUUUAAUUCCCGAGACCAUAAAGAGCUGGUCAGCAACAGUAAAAUUCAAGUCAUCUUCUACAUAUGGAAUGCCGACAUCUUGCACUACCAUGCUCCGCCCCUGACAGAUAAAUCAUUCAAUAAGGUCGUGGGGAUCUUCAGCCAGACCAUUUUCCACUUCAGCUCUACUCAAGCCAUUACUGGGACCAUGGAAGGGAAGCUGGUGGUCUGGGAUGCCGUUUGCCCUCCCUCCAAGUCUUCUGCCGUGUGCGUCAAACCCUACAACAUGAAAGCCAUCAAGCUGGUGCACUUGCAGCGGGAUGGGAUCACAGUGCUGGCCAUCACAGACAAGAAUUUUGUGACCUGUGAUGUCAAAGGCCAUGUGAAAUUCUAUGAUGGAGACCUUCAACUUCUUCACUGGUACAGCCAGUUUAAACUGGGACGCAUCCGAUCCAUAUCCUUCUCCAAGAAACCUAUGUGUCCUGAGGACACCACCAAAUUCCCCACUUCUUGCACUUUAGCAGGGCUUCCCUUUGUUGUCAGGAAUUUUAUUAUUUCCACGGCGGAUGCGUUGGUGAUCCACGUCAAGACGGAAGGGACGGAAGUCAGCAAGUGCCUAGAGGAGCCCAAGGAAGCCGUCCAGGCCGUCAGCUGCCACCCGAGCAAACCUCUCAUGGCCAAGGGGAGUUUCUGCGGGCUCCUGAAAGUGUGGAACUACAAGAUCAAUAAAUACCUCAUUAGCCGAAUCUUUAAGGGUGAAAGCAUCCAGAGCCUCUGCUAUGACUCCAGUGGUUCAUUAUUGGCAGCCGGAUUCAUUGAUGGAAGUGUUUACAUUUUGGAUUCUAUAUCUUUGGAAAACGACUGUCCAGAGCCUUUCCGAUAUUCCAGCACUCCCAUCACCGUCAUGAGCUUCUCUCCUGACUCCCAGUAUCUUGCGACUGCAGAUGAAAACAUUUCAUUGAACCUUUACAAACAAACCAUGGUUGAGGGGAAGAAAGUCUGGGACCGCCUGGCAGCCUUGCACUCCCAUUACAAGCCCAUUCGCACCAUUCUCUUUGGGGUUCACUUGGACAGCGAAGAGCCUUGGCUCUUAACUCUUGGCGAAGAUCGACUCUUGGUGGAAUAUGACCUGGAGAAGAGUGUCAAGGAUGAGCUGGUUGUCAUCCGAAGGGACCGCAUCGAACAACAUGCCGUCCCCAGGUGCAUCACCUGGUACCCACCUCUCACCACAGAAUAUUUUUUCCUCACUGCCAACGAUCAGUACAAAAUGAAAAUGUAUAAUGUAACCACAAGAUUGUGCAGGAAGACUGUUGUGGGACCAGCCUAUGGCUCCCCCCUGGAGAAGAUUCUGGUGCUUCCACUCGCAGAGGGACAUGAUCCUCAGAGACGGUACUUGGCCUACAUUACAAAAGACAAGGUCGGCCUGCAGAUACUGCCCAUAGAUGGGAACCCGCACAAGUCCUCAGCUUUCAUUUGCCACCCUUCAGGCGUCACCAACUUGGAGUGCUCCUACGACGGGUGCCACCUCUUCACGACGGGGGGUAGCGACUUAACUGUGAUGAAGUGGGACAUUAAUUUAGUUGCUCUGGAAGCAGCUUCUUUUCUGGGGGGUGAAGAUUUGAUCCCAUUCUACAACCUUCUGGAAGGUGGCAGAGAGGGCGAGUUUUUCAAGGAGCUGGAAGACUAUUUUUAUUACGCUCAGCUGCGUCAUCAAGGUAUUGACACCAUGGAACCCAGAAAGGUGUCCACACACAUCCCUUUGGAGCAAAUCCCUUUUGUCAUGCGCGCCAUGGGCUUCUACCCAUCUGAGGAACAGAUUGAAGACAUGCUAAAUGAAGUCAAAUUCAGUGAAUAUCUGGAGACCGGCAUGCAAGUGACCGACAUCAAUUUAGGCGACUUUAUCAAGCUGUAUGUGAAUCACCGGCCUGCCUUUGGGCUCUCACUAAAAGAAAUAGAAAAUGCCUUCCAAGUGCUGGGCUAUGAGAAUGAGAACAGCGAGGUGGCCAUUACUAGGGAUGAACUGCUGCUGCUGCUACAACAGAGAGGAGAGCAUUUCACAGAAGAGGAGCUAGCAGAGUGCCUCACCACUUUGCUGGGCGCAAAUCCUGAGGGGGGCCGCUCGGAGGUUGGCACCUACGACGCUACAGGUGCAGAUGCCUUUAUUGAGGAAGAAAUUCCAGAGGAAAUCACAGCCACACACUUCAUAACAGACAUUCUUGACUUACCAAUUCCUGAGCCAAGACGGACAGAGACGGAAACAACAAAGACCACAAAUGAACCUGAAUCUGGGAGCAGCACUCUGAUCAUUAAAUCUUAAUGGCCGCUGAUUGUUCUUAAGCCUUAAAAAGAAAACACAUUGCUGUAGCUGCAUUAAAAAAUUAUUAAUUUUUUGCA